GUGAGGCAGAUCUGACUGACUGCUCUUGGUGGGACUUCAAGUCACAGAUGCGGAGCAAAACACAAGAAGAAAAUCCAUCAGUUCCAGUAACAGAGAAUACACCUCGAGAAAAGGGGAUGCCAAACUUGGAGGACCGGUGAUCCUGUCAUGAAUCGAUACAUCCCUUCGUUGUUCUGCCGAUUAAAAGAAGAUUAAUUAACUUUUUACGCAGUGAUUAGGUGUCAGACACGAGGACUGAUCGAGUUUUUAUUCCAGCAGUUUGGAAUAAUGUGUGACGGAGCCCGACUGGAUUUUGGUUUGGGAAUUUGAUUCUGAGAUCAUUCGUGUGUGAUUGGAGUGAUUUCCCACAGCUAUGGAUCUUCUAUUCCAGUUGAAUGUAUUAAUCACGCUCGUCUCUCUUAUCAAGGUUUAUGGCCAAGUAGUGCAACCUUUCAAGCAUCCAGGCCUCAAGGUGUUGGCCACGGCCUCACACUACUGGCCGCUGGACGCUGUGGACGCAAUCCAUGAGCUGUGGGACCAGAUUGGAAACAGACCCGGUCAUAUCAAUGGCAGCAAUAUAACUCUCAGAAUCCACAACCACACUGUGCUCCCUUCCUCACAUAACUCUUCCUAUGUGUAUUCCAAUGACUCUGCCUACACUAACAUUUCUGCGACCGUAGACAUAGUUGAAGGCAUGGUUAAUAAAGGUAUCUUUCUGAAUGGAGACAACGGAGGCACAUUCCUCCAUUUUGGAAGCUACCAGAACUCCUGCAUCAGUGACCCUAUGCUGUGUGGACCUGAGGGGAUUACGUUCUCCUUUUUCUGGAAAAAUCACGAGGCCCAAUCUCGCUUCGCCAUCGCCUCCGGUGGGAAGGUGAUCUCCAACGGGUUUUCUGUCUAUGCUAAUCAUUUCGGGGGAUACGUGGAGUUCUACACACGAGGCAACAGUCAGAGGUGGAAGGUCAAUAUCCGCAUCCCGGGGCCAUUCUGGACCCACGUGCUCUUCACAUGGAAGCUGUUAGAAGGUCUGAAGGUGUACAUCAACGGCACCUUUGACAUGGGGGACCCCACCGGCAUCAAGACCGACAACUACGGCGACCCCUACCCCGACCUGGUCAUCGGAACCGGCAACGAGAAGAACUACGGCCACUACGUCACCGGGGCCUUCGACGAGUUCAUCAUCUGGGAGCGAGCACUGUCGCCCACGGACAUCCUCCUGUACUACAACGCCGCCACAGGUCAAACCUCGGGUUCCCCAACAUCAGCCAGCGCCUCCAAACAGGCCACUACAAGUGCACCCCCAGUGGAGAACACGGAGGCCAGCCUGGUUGUGGUCCACCACCAGGGCGAGCACCCCCAAGACCCCCAGAUCCCCGAGGAUGUGCCCAAAUGGAGGACCAUAGCGGAGCUGCCCGGAAACCUUCCCAACAGAACCAUCCCCCAGGACAGCGCCAACAACCUCACCCAGGCGUUCCUCAAAAGCGUGGAGGAAGUCCUGUCUACUGCGGCCAUUUCGGAGCAGCACUCAAGCGCGGUGGUCAGUGGUCUGAUCGAGACGGUGGACAGAGUCAUGGAGCACAUGGUGACCAAUCUCCAGCCCAGCCCCCAGUCCCUGGUCUCGCUGGCCGGGACCUCAUUUGUUGCGGACUACUCUCUGAUGAAGUUGCCCCAGAACUUCAACAAGCAACACUACCGUUUCCCCACCCAGGGUCACAGCUACAUCUCCGUGCCCGGUGAGGCCUUCACCAUGCAGUCUCAAACCACCAUUGUGGGUCUCUUCUACCACAACAUGCACAGCUACUACAAAGAGAUCAGCCCCUCGAAGACGAGGAUUAAAGGGGCAGCAGACUUCAAGGACCAUAAGAUCCAGGUUGCCAGCUACCUGAUCUCCCUGAAGGUCGAGCCCUCGCCUGCCCUGUCAGUCAACCUGUCAGGAUCACCGCUCAUUAAGAUCGUACUCACACAUGUGCUGACCAAAGACCAAGAGGAACAAGCCGUCAAUCAGAGCAACAAAGUCUUCCUCUAUUGUGCCUUCUUAGAUUAUAGCUCAAAGGAGGGAGUGUGGUCCAAUCAGGGCUGCGUGCGUUCGGGUGGAAACGUGAACUUCUCCGUGUGUCUGUGUAACCACCUGACCAACUUCGCCAUCCUGAUGCAGGUCGUGCCCGUGAAGCUUAGUGAGGUCCACCAGGUGGCACUGUCCAUCAUCGGCUACAUCGGUUGCUCCAUCUCCAUCUUCUGUCUCGCAAUUACUCUGGUCACUUUUGCAAUCCUGUCGUCGGUGAGCACCAUCCGUAACCAGCGCUACCACAUCCACGCCAACCUGUCCUUCGCCAUCCUGGUGGCUGAGAUCCUGCUGCUCAUCAGCUCUCGCUUCGAGCCCGGCACGCUGCCCUGUAAGGUGAUGGCGGUCCUGCUUCACUUCUUCUUCCUGAGUGCGUUUUCCUGGAUGCUGGUGGAGGGCCUCCACCUCUACAGCAUGGUGGUGAAGGUGUUCGGCUCCGAGGGCAGCAAACACCUGUACUACUACGCCAUUGGCUGGGGCUGUCCUCUGGUGAUCUGUGUGGUCUCCAUGACCUCGUCCAUGACCAGCUACGGAGAAGUUGAUAACUGUUGGCUGUCUCUGAAGAACGGAGCCAUCUGGGCCUUUGUGGCCCCAGCACUUUUUGUCAUUGUGGUCAACAUUGGCAUCCUGAUUUCUGUGACACGUAUCAUAUCUCGCAUUAGCACAGAGAGCUACAAGGUUCACGGAGAUGCCAACGCUGUCAGGCUCACUGCCAAGGCGGUGGCCGUGCUGCUGCCUAUCCUGGGCAUCUCCUGGAUCUUUGGCGUUCUCACCGUCAACACACAUUCCCUGGCGUUCCUCUACAUCUUCGCCGUGUUUAACUCAUUACAAGGAUUCUUUGUCUUCCUGUUCCACUGUCUCCUGAACUCUGAGGUCAGAGCUGCCUUCAAACACAAAACGAAGGUGUGGUCCCUCACCAGCAGCUCCAUCCGCAACAUCAACGUCAAGCCCUUCAACUCCGACAUUAUGAACGGGAACAAGGAAGGGAUGACCCCCACCAAGAUGAACACGUGGGACAAGAGCACCAACUCUGCGAAUCGCAUGGACCUCUCGGCCGUCUGAGGAACUCUGGCUCAACGUCGGUUGUCUCUCUGGCGGUCGAUGCGAGUGAGGAGCGAACGUGUACAACUGCUAGCAUAGACUCAACACUGGCCAGAGUAUGGCUACUCAUCAUUCUUUACCUUAUGGUCCACUCAAAUGUAGAUAGAAAACAAAGCAAAACAUAUACUAAAUAGGAAGGUUCUGGGUGUUGAUGGCAGCCACAGAGGACUGAGCUACGAUGUUGUGUCCUCAUUUAGAGACUUGGAUUGGAUCUAAACAAUGAAAUGAAGAAAAAGAAGAAGAAGAAGAAGAAGAAGAAGAAGAAGAAGAAGAAGAGGGAGGGCAUGGGUUUAUGCUUUCCCCCACGUAGCCCGCGUCUCUUGUUUGUUUCAGCCAGAGUUUAUUUAAGGGCGCUGUGAUGCUCUCGGACCUGUACAUUACUUCAGUACCAUUUUAAUAGGGUGGGGAUAACAGUGUUUGGCUGACAGGACCAUAUUCAUAGUAGGCAGUGGUAAAGAUCUGUUCAUGUCUUGAAUUGGAGUUAAUGAAGGUUUUAAAUCCACAAUGACACAUUGCUUCAUUUAUUUGGUCUGUUUUAGGCUGCAAAACCAAUGUUCUUAUGUACAGUAUUAAUCCAUAUUUAACAACUUAAAAACAAUAACUUUGUACUAGUAAAUGAAACCAAACAUUCCAAUGUAUUUAUUUAUUUCAAAAUGUAUUGUUCCGUAUUCUGUCAUCCGAUAUCUGUUAACAACCACACGAUUCAGACGCCAUAUGUCGUCCGUUGCUGUUUCACAGGUGUGUUCAUAGGAUCUCUUUGAGAAUUUAAUUAACUUUGGUAUUUUGCAGUACCUCGAAUGUUUGUAGACUUCAUGUAUGAUGCUUUUUGGAUGGGUAGUAAAUACUCGGCUGUGUUUCAGACACAGUUCUGUGAAUUAUGUUUUCAGUUUUCAGCUUGAUGUGAGGCUCAUUUUCAUUCGAAAGGAAUGCCUAAUUAAAUAAAAUUACUUAAAUGUAUUUUAUAUAUUGUCCAGAAACUGUGAGAUUUUAUGGAAUUUUGUUUUACUCUUGAUUGAUCUUACACUGAAUCACCAUCAUCAUGCUUUACUGUAAAAUCACUCAUGUUCUCACUUCUCAUUUCUCUUUUUUAUACGUAGGCAAGUUAAUAUUCAGUGAUUGCUUUCAAGUAUUUUAGAAAGGGUAUUCUAUUGUAUUUAUCAAAACGUUUUUAAGGUACUAGCUAGAUUGUUGUUCUGUUUCCUUUGCAUUAUGUUCAUUAAAUACUCAAGAUAAUAUGAUAAUAUAGU